CAGUGUAGCCUCUCUCUCUCUCGCUCGCUCACUCUGCCCUUUGUAGGUUAUUUCAAUCUUGCGCUAUUUUGGAAGCUGUGUACCCAGAUCUACCUAGCCCUUCAUGUCAGAAGUACAAAGCCGAGGUUUGAAAGAGGAGUUGUAACAUGUUGGAGUAGCAGUGAUGUCUGUGAUGAUGUGCUAGUGGGUGUGGUGUUCCUCUUGUCUCAUCAUGUGUGACAACAGAGGAGAUGGUCGUGUUGAGGCAGUCAGAUAUGAUAGCAGCAUGGAUCGCCAUGUGACCACUACACUGUGUGGCGCCAACAUAGAGCGCCAUAUAGAAGCUGCGAUACGUGGAAGCAACAUUCAGUGCCAUGUAGAAUCUUCAGCAAUAAGUGGUGGAAACAUUCAGCGCCACAUUGAGUCGGCUCUGAGUGGUGCCAACAUUGAACAUCUCAUGGAGUCCCCGAUGUGUGGGGGCAACAUAGAACAUCAUCUAGAGUCACCGGUAAUGUGUGGUGGAAAUGUAGACCUCCACAUGGAGUCACCCGUGGUCUGUGGAAACAUUCAGCGCCAUAUCGAGUCAGCAAGGACCAGUGGUAACUUUGAGCGCCACAUGGAGUCAGCAUUAUGUGGUGGUAACAUCGAGCGCCAUCGGGGACCACCAAUACGUAGUGGCAGCAUUGAAUGUCAUCUUGAAUCUGCAGUUUCUUGUGGUAACCAAGAACGCCACAUGGAGUCAGCAUUAUGUGGUGGUAAUAUUGAGCGCCACCGGGGACCACCAAUACGUAGUGGCAGCAUUGAAUGUCAUCUUGAAUCUGCAGUGUCUUGUGGUAACCAAGAACGCCACAUGGAGUCAGCAUUAUGUGGUGGUAAUAUUGAGCGCCACCGGGGACCACCAAUACGUAGUGGCAGCAUAGAAUGCCAUCUUGAAUCUGCAGUGUCUUGUGGUAACCAAGAACGCCACAUGGAGUCAGCAUUAUGUGGUGGUAAUAUUGAGCGCCACCGGGGACCACCAAUACGUAGUGGCAGCAUUGAAUGUCAUCUUGAAUCUGCAGUGUCUUGUGGUAACCAAGAACGCCACAUGGAGUCAGCAUUAUGUGGUGGUAACAUUGAGCGCCACCGGGGACCACCAAUACGUAGUGGCAGCAUAGAAUGCCAUCUUGAAUCUGCAGUUUCUUGUGGUAGCAUGGAACAAUAUCUGGAUUCUCCUCUUUGUGGUUCUAGUGUUGAACAUCGUGUUGAAUCAGUGGUUUACCCUGGUAAAAGUGAGCCCCACAUGGACUCACCAGUCUGUUGUAGGAAGGCUGACAUUGACUCACUGAUUGGCUGUGGUAAGUUAGAGCGCCACAUGGAGUGUUCAAGGGAAAGUGGCAACGUGGAUCACAACAUAGAAGCUCCAAUGUGUAGUGGUAACAUUGAACAUCACAGGGAAUCACCAAUAAGUGGUAGUAACAUCAAGCGGUAUAUGGAGUCAGCUCGAUGCAGUAGUAAUAUAGAGUCACCAAUGUGCAGUGGUAAGACAGAGCACCACUUACAGUCACCAAUAUGUGAUGGCAACUUCGAGCGUCUACUGGAGUCAGCUAUGUGGGGUGGUAGCAUGGAGCCAAGUAUGUGUGGUAGUAACAUGGAGCAUUACAUGGAGCCAGCUAGGUGUGGAAAUGAUGUUGAUAAUCACUUUGGAUCUGCAUCCUGUGGAAAGAACAUUGACAGUCACAUUGAAACAUAUGACAAUAACACAGAGCGUCGUGCAGAUUCUGACUCCGAGUAUGAAGUGUUCCACCAGUCUUACCGAGGUGAGGUGCGAUACUCCAGGAACAACCACAAGAUUGCCACCUUGAUGCAUGUAGACCGUACACUUCCUCUGUGGGCUUUCUUUGAUGUCUACGGCAAUGUACAGAAAAUUAAGUUGCUAGGUGCUACAAAUCCCUCAGGGAAUCUCCCUCGCCUCCCUCGGUCACGAUCAACAUCCAGCUACCCUGGCCUGACAGUGUCUUUACCCCCUUCAGCACAUCAGUCCAACAUUGCCUCCCACCCACCACCACGCCCUCCCCCACCCACAGUGCCUCCAUCAGUGCUGCGCAGCUUUAGUGUACCCUCCCAAGCCACACCCACAUCCCCAACAGGUGCAGUGCCACCCCCACCACCAUACCCAGUGUCAAUGCCAACAUCCCCAACAUCUGGUCUUGGGGAAAACCAACCUGUGUUUGAUGACACCAGUGAAUGUACAGUAUGUUAUGAAAGGCAGGUCAACUGUGUUCUAUACACAUGUGGACACAUGUGUAUGUGUUAUGAGUGUGCAAUUGCAGUCAGGAAGGACAAGGGAGGACUGUGUCCCAUCUGCCGGCAGCAGAUCAAGGAUGUCAUCAAGAUAUACAGGUCUUGAUCUCAGUCAGGGGCUGGCAACAGACAGGAAUAUGUGUGCAAUGCUAAGUGUGAUGGAGAGCGUCUUUCAUUGGCUGGUGUCCCUGGACCCAGGUCAACUGUUAUGACAUAACCAUGUGCAACUGAUAUCUGAUGUACAUAUUGAUAUCUGUAGCACAGGUUUCAGUGUUAUUGAGUUUGAACAGCUUGGUCCUGACAACAGCAGCUUGUGUAUAUGUUGCUACGCCUAGCCACCAUGUCUUCAGCUGCAGCUAUCUACAACACGAACUUGGUGGAAGAACACCCCACAGCGACAUCCCUAGCAGGGGAAAGGAGGUGCUUAUGUCACAUGGACGUUAACAAUCUGGUGGACAGAGACAUCCCUAGCAGGGGGAAAGGAGGUGCUUAUGUCACAUGGAGGUUAACAAUCUGGUGGACAGCGACAUCCUGUCUGUAGUCGGAAGGCAUUCAUCAGGAACACAUGAAAACUGGUCUUAUACACAUCAAUAUAUGAUACCAACUGAACAGAGAAAUCUUGGAAGUAAGUUGUGAACAGUUUUGUGGAGGAUUAGUGUAUACUCUUUGACGCCAAGAAUAUUAGUCUUGAAGGGUUAGGGUGAAGGACAACACCCAACUGAAAUUGUGAACAUGUGACAGUAAUUACAACAAAGGUAUUAACAAACUGAGUAUUUAUGUAUGAUCUUGAUUGCCAGUUCAGAUCAUCAUGUUACUUGAGAAGAGCUUGUCAUUCUUGCUAUGGAGAUGGUAAAUGACUUUGAAUUUCAGCUUUCCUGGUAUUGGCCUCAUGUUAGCAGUGCAUCUGUUGUUUUGGGAUAUCCUGUACAGCAUCCAGACUUAACCAUGUCAGUAACAAACAACACUGGUGUAUGAUGAGUGGAAACAUGGAUGUUUGUACUGUGAGUACUACAUGCUGAGAAGAAGUGAUAUAAGCACAAGGUAGAUUUAUGACAGUAACUGCAAAGUGGUUGUUAGUUUGAAAGAUAUGUUGCCAAUCACUGUAUACCUGCUCAGUACAACUAUUGGAGGAAGCAACAGGUAUUAUUGUACAUAGCAUGGACCUGAUGGACAUAUUUUCGCUACAAAUGUUAUAAUUUGAGAUACCAAGAUGCUUACACAGAAAAAUUGUAUUUUUUCUGAGGAACACAAUCAAGAAGGGACAGUUUGAGUAUUUUGCCCAAAGUGUAAGUGCAAUAUAUGUACUACUGGUAUGAUAUUUUCAACUUAUCUGUGUCAUGAAAUAGGCCAUGUGCUUAAUCAUGUUAAUGUUUAAUGUAAGUUGUGAGUACAGAUUGUCAUGAUUCAUAACACUUGUCACAUAGACAGUUGUGAUAAAGCAAUACAUGGUGAUGAUGAUGAUGAUGAUGAUGAUGAUGAUGAUGAUGAUGAUGUUGACAUCCUUAUACUGUUUUGCAACAUUGAUAUUCACAUUUCCAGAUUUGGAUGUAUUGAUGACAAUCUGUACAGGUUGGGGUGUUUGUAAAUGCUUGAGCAUAUAGUAUACUGUAACACUAAAGCAAAAGCAAACUGAGUCCCUGAGACCAAGGUUGACCAACACAAAUAUAUGGUCCCCAUUUGCUCAGUUGUAAGGUGGCACAUACCUGUGGAAUCUCCAGAUCCUGUAACGAUGCUAUCACUGACCUGAAAAACACUCUGAGCUUGUAUGGCUCAGUUAUUUAGAAAACAUUUUUCCCAAACAAUUGGGUGUUUAGUUUAAAAGCAGGAAAACAAAUAUGAGAAUAUUGCUUUUGUUAUGAAUACUUUUGAGAUGUAAAUAUUACUUAUACUGCUCAAUUACAUACAUAAUAGUAGCAUUACCUUCAUAGAGAGACAUCCUAAACACCUUUAGUGUGUCAGUACAUUGUUACUGGGAGCAGACCUCUACAUAUAUGUACACCAAGAUUUUGCUGACAUGUACAGUUCCCAAGCAGUGAUACUGAUAGAUAUCUGGAACUCACAGUGUAGUGGCAUCAUGAGAUUGUAUGGAUGGUGUAUGGUUCAUUGCUGUGGAAUACAUCAUGUUCAAAAUAUUCAUAUGCUAGUUUUCUCAUCGUGAAUUUAUGUGAGACAAACACCUGCUUGAUGUGCAUCUUGCUGUCAGCAUGUUGCAUACAUUGUGAAACAAGGGAGUUAAAAGUCUGUUGCUGUGGUUACAGACUUGUUGUUGUAGUUGUUUUCUUUGCUAUAUACUACAUUCCUAGAUUAAGGGGCAGGCUAGUCUAUGCUGUUGUUGAUGUAAUGAGUGUUAGGUGCUAGAUAGAUUAUUAUCAUUAUUGCAUGUUGGAAACGGUUUCAUUUUGUUCAGGUUGAUUAUUUGGAAAUGUCAAUUUGAGUGACACCCACCCCUUCCUCCGUUUCCAUGAUGUAUGCAAUUCAUUGUGAUCAGAUAUAUGUGACAAGCAGCAUUGUAUUUCCUCACCAAACCUGAUCAACAAAUUUCCCAUGUCGAAUCAUGUCACCAUCUGUCUGCUAAACAUCUAGGAUCUAAAAAUGUCAAGCAAUUCAUGAUAACAUCGUGACACAAGGUACUACCUACAACAUAAACACCUACAGAUAGAUAGACACCUAGGUAGAUUUCAGAACCAUGUUUACAUGCAGGGAAAGUACUUUGGGUGAUAUCACCAAGUCAGUUUCCUGUAGUGAUCAGCUGAAAUCCAUUAACCAGCUAAUCUGGACGUGAUCUAGUCAAGCUAAUGUGAUCUGCCUUCAGCAUCAGAACACUUGGUAAAAUGACCCAACACAGGAAAUUGUGUCCAAGUAAAUGAUCCUUGAACUGGCAAGCUGAACUGAACAGUAGUCCUGCUGUGGACCUUUAUGUCAGACCGAUAUGGAUCAACAUUGAUAUCCUUCUUACACACACCCUUCUCAUCACAUAGUUUACAAUAUUCCGCAAUGGGAUUUAUGUAUGUUAUUGUAUAAGGGUUUAUGUUAUUGUAUAAGGGUGUAUGUUAUUAUAUAAACAAAUUACUGUGCAACAUCCUGGGCUUAAGAAAGGUCAUUGUGCUCUCAUCUGGACUACUCUUGAUAGUUGACUGUUUAUGUUAAGGACUGCUUCAGCAAUGUUUUGUUUUAUAACCAAUAUGCAUUAUUGAUGGUAAUAAAAUGGUACAGAUGUAAGUAAUAUUAUAAUAAUUGUAUGAAAAAUCAUUUCCAAGAGCAACAAAGGAUAAGGAAUAGGCUGCAGUCUUCUGCCUGCCUCCUCACAUUCAAAGUUGCGGAUCUCACGGUAAAUACUUGCAUGUUAAUUUUUCUGUGCUUUUUGUAUGCCAAAUGGAAUUAGAAAUUGCAAAUGCUUUUCCUUGUGGCAGCAAUAAUUAUCCAGGAGAACUUGUCUUAUCACCCUUUGUUAAGAAAGAGACUAACUGUGCAUGAUGACGACAGUUGACAUCACUCAUUUGGAGAGUAUUUCUUGAUGGAUUAAAUAUAUGUGUUUGAAAAAGCUUUAUGCAGCUUUAAGAAACAUUGAUAGCAAACGUAAAUAUUUCCUAAUCUUUCUUAACUAAUACCCUGUUGAAUAAACAGCCAUUGCCAAAACAUUUGAAUUGUUAUGUAUAGUGAAAUGGCAUUUGUUUCAUGCAGAUUAGUAGGCAUUAGUAAAACACAUUUGUGAAGGAUACACUGUUGUGUAGCCUGGUGUACAGGAUUAACUAUGCAGGCCACAUCCAUGUUGUAUAUUGGUCAUACAUGUGAACAGUUCUAUGUGUUAGAAUACAGUCCAAUGUUGCACUGUUCACUUGUAAACCAGAAACAGGCUAGAUUGUACAUAUAUACAAGUGUAUAUAUACUUGGAUUGAUGCACAUGCUGGUAAAGGUUGAUCUUCAUCAUGGAUCACAUGCAGUGUGAUGUUAAGUAACUAAUAACUAAGGUGCAAAUAAACAAGUAUUAUUUCCUAA